UAAAUGAGAGACGAUAGUUCCUUCUCCCUGUUACUGAAACCCACAACAAACACCAAAACUGACCCAACUCCUCAGGCCAGGGUUGAGGCUGUGGGUUGUACGAGACAUUUUUCCAGCCAGUCGGUACAUUUUGAGCCCCAACCGCCUCUCGUCGACAGCUGUUUGAUGGGCACCCAGGAGGGAGAGAGAGAUUGGGUAGAUGUGGCAAAUGAUCUACUCAGCAAGUGUCACAUAAGCCUAAGGCUGAGGAAACUGACAGACUGUGAUGCAAAUGUUUUCAUUGCGCUGUAUGAAAACAUCCUGGGGGAGAAAGUUCCAGAUUACAUUGCAGCACCAUGCAGUCAAGAAGAUGACGUCCAUAAUGUUCAGUCUGUGAUUGAUUCACUGUCCCUGGAUUACCUUCAGAUCAGUCUCUCACACAUUACAGGAGAAAAUGUUGUCAGAGGGGACAAAGAGUCCACUAAGAACCUCCUGGAAAUCUUCGAUGGCCUCCUGGAGUAUCUCAAGGAAGAGAUAAGCGAGGAGUCACAGAAUGGAGAGGAACUGAAUGACAGUCUCAAUGAGGACCUCCCUGGUGCAGCCAAGGAGGCGACAAGCUGCAAUGACACAGAGCAUAAGAAGACUGAACUGGAGGAAGCAUCUGAGUCUUCCAGUGAAGAGUCCGCUGUCCAUUCCAGUAAACAUUCCCUCCAUACCUGGAAUACUGAGGAGAUGGGAUCAACUAAUGAACUCAUCGGGCUGGGAGUCUCGGCACGCACAUUCAAUCCCAAACAAGAAGGACCGGCUGUCCCUCCCCAAACUUCAGAGGCAGUCACCACCUCUGGUCCUCUGGAUGCUCAGGAUGCUCCACUGACUGAACCGCUGCCCUCAGCCAUCGCCCUGCAGCCACCCAACCAGAGCGACACCCCCCACCGACCUGACACAGAGCCACAUUCACCCAGCCACUCCCAAACAGCUGCUGGCCUCAGCCAGGGGAAUGCAGGAGAGGAAGCCGCUCCUGUCACCACAGAGAGCUCUAAACCUGUACCUGAGACAGUAGUUACCAAUGGACUACAGUCCCCUCCUCUUAUCCAGUCUCCUGCUGCAAGUGAGAAAUCUUUGUCAAGUCAGCAAAGAGCCGGGACAGAAGUGGAGGGGGAGACAAUAGAGCCGACUAAUGGGGGCCCUAGGCGGGUUUUAUUUCGCACAAAGCCAGAUGUGCUCUUCCUCAACCUGCAGGAUGAGAUGGCGGUCACAACCCCUUCUCCACCAGACACUGAGGAGGAAGAGUUCAAUGAGGAGGAUCUGAGUUAUCCACGAAGACAACCAGACAGAAGGGUAGUCCACAGAGACAGGAGAGGCAUCAGUAGCAGGUUGGAGGAGGAAGAUUUAGAGGAGCCUCUGUCAUAUCGCAGACAGAGGAACAAGAAAGCAGAAGAGGAGCUGCAUCACUUAUCUGAGAACCUCUCCCAUCGACUCGAGGAACUUGAUCAGAUGCUCAAACGAGUUCUGGGUGAAAGUGGAGAGUCCAGUGACGUCAGAGAAGAGGACAAGCAGUCCCACCACAGUGACAGCAUCAUGGAGUGUCGCAGGAGUCCGAGACAACACACGAUUUCAGGAACACCCGACGUUGAAUCCCCCCACCGGACACGCUCCUUGUCCCCCUCCCCUCCGCGCGUCCGUCACUCCAUGCAGGGACAGUUGGAAGGUGCCACGGCCUUGAGUCUGGAUGAUGGGAGACAAACCAACCUUGCCGUUUCGGAUUCUUCGAGGCGAGGAGAGCUACACCACAGACAGUCUCACAGAAAACAUCGAAAGUAUCUGGAAAAUAAGGCUUAUGAAGAGGAGUUGAAAAGAUAUGAAGACAAAAAACGGGCAGAUGUAGACAAGGCACGUCUCAAAGCUCAGGAAGCCGAGCGCCAGUACAGAGAAGCAAUACUGAGGGAUGUUUCUGACGCUCCUAGACUGUCCCCAGCUGGAACGAAGGCCCAACAUAGGUCACAACGUACCACACAAACCACACCAGGACGGAGAUGGCAGGAGGCCCCUAGAAAAGCUCCAUCAAUGAAGGUGAAGGAGAAUGAGCUUCUCCCUGUGCUCCUGGAGGAGUGGCCUUAUCUUCACAUCUCCCCCCACACACUGGGUCGGAUGUGGGAGCAGCAGAUGCAGCAGGUGGACAGACUCCACGCCCUGUCAUCCUCUGAUAGCAGGCGUCGCAGCAAACUCUCCAGCCAGGUGGAGGAAGCUCAGAGGAAGCACGACCUGCUGGUGGAGAUCAUUCGCAAAGAGCAAGACCACAACAGACGUCUGAGGGACUUCAAAGAGCGUAUCCAGCAGCAGAAGUCGACCCAGAACAGACUGAGGGAACAGAGGCAGCAGAUAGCACGUGCCAAGAAGUACCACAACGACUACCAUGUCCAGCACCGUGCCCGCCUAAUGAGGGCACGCACCAAGGAGGAGAGGAUGUUUCGACAGCUGUUUGAGGAGGGUUUGGAGCUACAGAAAGUCCGGUUGAGAGAGCAGAAAGCCUAUGCCAGGGAACAGCGACUGGAACAUCAGAGACGACAUGAGGACCAGAUCAAGUCCAUGGAGAACUACUACAAAGACCAAUUUUCACUACUAGCUGAAAAACUUGCACAAGAGCGACAGGAGAUCCAGGUUCGCAAAAAAGCUCAAGAAAAGGCUCUGCUGAAGAUGAAGCGAGAGCUGCGUUCCAGGAUGGAGCGUGAGAUUGGUGAACUGCAGAAGAUCAUCAUUCAGAAUGAUGAGGACGACCAUUUCCAGGACCUGGAGGUCCAGCGGCUGCGCAAUCGGGUCCAGAUGGCUUCUUUCCAGUACAACACUAGCUAUCUGCACUGAGCAGGGAUGUGAGACACAGGGCUGUUUUAAGCUCCACUCAACCAAGGAUGGAUUUACAUCGGAAGAACAUGCUGCAGAAGGCUUUGUUUCUGCCAUUCACAACUAAGGGUACGACAUUCUGGCGGCUGAACAGUCUCCUCGGCAUCUUCCGUCAGAUUUGCACAGAAGGGGAAAUUCACAUUGUAAGAACUGAUGAUUACUGAUGAACUGAAAACACUCCGACAAAAUGUAGCUUUAGCUAAUUUAACUAACUCUUCCUCUCACCUCAGCUGCUAUACCUGAACUUAACGACACCUUGGACCAAGUCCCCUCUUCCGUGGGUUUUAGUACUUGAUAACUAAGAAUGUUUUAAAAUGGCUCCCUCACUGUGCAGUCUUAACGUGCUGAUAUUGUAGCAAACGAUUAGUAAAAAAUGUUCUUCCUCUUGCCAAAUAGGGACCACUGAUGCAAAGUUAAUAAGUAUGAAUGUCCCACACUGAAUGAUUUUUAACUUCCAUUUUUCCCUGGUGUAUGUGCGAUGUCUUUCUUUUAAUGAUUUAACCAUGCCAGUGGAUUAUUUAUUUUUUAACUUUAAUGCUGUUUGAUUUUUAAUUAACCUGGUGUUGUCUUGUCUGAUCACCAGGGGCAAUGAUAAUCAGUCUUUUGUGACUCCUUCUCCUCAGCUCCAUUGUGAUUGUUUCUAAUUCUCAGCCAGAACUAAACACAUGGUAGUUUUAAACCAAUACAAAGAGUUGCAAUGUUAAAACAGUGUCUACUGAUAUUGUGCAUUGUAUCUAAUGAACACAUGAAUGCCCCGUCAUCAUCAAAUGUGUGGGCUCCCUCAUCUCCUCCAACUAGAAUGGGUCACACUUUAAGGCUUGAGUUAUUUGCAUGAGGUGCAGGUCACUGUUUUACUAUAUUAAUUGAGGUUUAAGGCUGAUACUAAAACAGAAGUAUCACGAAGAUAUAAAGUCACAGACCAGAUCCUGUAGAAGGCAUCUAUAGCAUGACAAAAACGCAAUGUGAAGGCCGAGAUUUCAAAUUGAAGGUGUGAAGAUCAAAUCAACUCUUAAAUUGAGGAGGAAAAAAUACCUGUGCUGUACUAAAGAUGACAUCUCACCCACGUACCUCUGUAUUUACACCUUAAUAAGCAUGAUCAGAGCUUAAUAUGCAAAUUAGAUGGGUGGGCUCAACUUGUCCAAGGUCAUAGAAGGAAACACCAUUGAUGGACAUCCAUUAGUUUAAAUUCAUUUCUAGUAAGAAAAGAUUAACCAGCAAAUACUAUAACUUGGGGUAUUUUGCGAGGCUCUCUGUCCAAAUGAAAACAUAAAACAAUUGAAGCGCUGUAAAGAGCAUAUCAAACCAACAGCGGUCAAUAUAAGUGUAACCCCAAAGCCUCACAAAAGAUGUUGAUGUCCUCAACAUAGUGGAAGAGUAACUGUACAUUUAUGUGUUAACAUGUAAAACUUCUUGUAAGCAAGGUUAGAGCCAGCUUUAUUAUGGUCACGCCCACCAUAGCACGAAAGGUCACCUCAUUUGUGACAAAGGAGAUAACGGUGAACACAGUUAUGUCAAGCCAAAAACUCCUUUCUCCAUGUCUACGUCAACACUAAAAACUGAGUUUCUGAACAUCUUUAGCCAGGAUGGAGUUUAAAGAGAGACUCAUUUUUUUUUUCAGUUGCCUUAAACACAGUUUUUGUGGGGAUAAAAGGCCAAAACACAUAGAAAAAGCUACAUUUCCGAAUAUACCCGUGUAUGUGUGGACAAAGUCUAAGAAAGCGGGGAGAGUUUGGUGACCUUUCAACUUGCUGGGCAAUUUCUUUUUUCAGAAAAUACUGAUACUGAUACCAUUUGCAGUGAGAACUGACCACCUCCAGAUGUGAUGUCAUUCCAAUCAUAAUGCAUCUGGCAUGCAUUUACACUGUGCUUUAACAUACAUUACCCAGGUAGCAUAUCUAGAUA